UCAAGUAGUGCUUCUUCCAUAGAGGCCAUCGUCAUGGCGUCUUCAUCUCUAUCAGUGGCGCUGCUCCUUCUCUGCCUGGCCGCGGCGGCGUCGGCGCAGCUGUCCCCGACGUUCUACGACGCGUCGUGCCCCGGGGCGCUGGCCACCAUCAAGAGCGGCGUGGCGGCCGCCGUGAGCAGCGACCCCCGCAUGGCCGCGUCGCUGCUCCGGCUGCACUUCCACGACUGCUUCGUCCAAGGCUGCGACGCGUCCGUUCUGCUGGCCGGCAACGAGCGGAACGCAUUCGGGAACGUGGGAUCACUGCGGGGCUUCGACGUCAUCGACAAAAUCAAGGCGACUGUGGAGCAGUCGUGCAAGCGCAUCGUCUCCUGCGCCGACAUCCUCGCCGUCGCCGCUCGCGAUUCCGUCGUCGCGGUGGGAGGGCCGUCGUGGACGGUCUCUCUGGGGAGGAGGGACUCCGACACGGCUAGCGAGGCAUUGGCCAACCGCGACCUGCCUGCCCCAUCGCUCGCCGUCACCGACCUCAUCACCCGCUUUGCCGCGAAGGGGCUCAACCUCACUGAUAUGGUUGCCCUCUCUGGUGCGCACACCAUUGGGCAGGCGCAGUGCAAGAACUUCAGGACCAGGCUCUACAACGAGGCCAACAUUGAUCCGGACUUUGCGAUGUUGCGCAACGCCAGCUGCCCUCAGGCUACCGGCUCUGGCGACGGCAAUCUGGCCCCGCUGGACUCGAUGACCCCGAACAUGUUUGACAACACCUACUUCCUCAACCUCCAACUCAACAAGGGGCUCCUGCACUCCGACCAGGUGCUCUACACCCUUGUCGGCGGUGCCACCGAAGACAUCGUUGAUGGCUUCGCAUCUAACCAGGAUGCGUUCAACAACGUCUUUGCCGCGGCCAUGGUGAAGAUGGGAAACAUCAGCCCCUUGAUUUUCCCACAGGGUCAGGUUAGGCGCAUUUGCUCCAAGGCGACCUAAGAAUCGCCGGCCGGCCAUUUGCCCCGAAAUGAUAGCCUCGACCAUGCAUCAACCUGCUGCUUUGAGAUCCGGAUUAACCACAGUUUUUAUCCAUAAAAUGAGCCAUCCAUGUCUUAGCAUCACCUUGUAGUGCCACAUACCCCAUUAUUUCUUUCCUUUGUCGGUCCCUAUUGUAAUUUUUUGGAUCCCAUUAUUCUUCAAUUUGUUUCCCUUCAAUACUUUGAAUUAUUCAUAAUCUAUUCACAUUUUGUGUGUGUAAACGGUUCUGUCGGUUUUUUAUACGAUUUCAUAAUUUUCUUGAGA